GGAGGCGGUGUCGGUUUUUCAUUUGGUGUGAAUGUUUGGUUUUUGGUGUGUGUUUCAUUAGCGUGUGUGAGAGAGAUUAAAGUAUUUCUAUGAAGACUUUGCUGAAUAAUAUAUUUUAACUUAUUUUAUAACGCACUUUAUGAGGCCAAGAAACGCAUCUAAAGGGAUUUCCACAAUGGUUGCAACUAGCACACAGAAGAACAAAAGCUCUGAGUUCAUCUCGGAUUUUGUUGACCGAGGAUACGAUCAUGCAUGCAUUGACAACGAACUGGACUUCUGGGAGCGCUGCCUGGCUGAGCCAUACCUGAGUGCUGAGGCUUGUGAGGAGUGGGCAUGCCAGCAGCUGGUGCGACUGCUCGAGGGCUGCUUGGCACGGGCGAAGACCAACACUCUUCAUUGCACAAAAGUGUUGGUGCCGGAGACGCUGACCAGGAGGGUGGCAAGAGACGUAUUGCGGCUUGCGGCAGGUGAACCCUGUGGGUUACGUGGCUGCGUGCUGGAUGUUCGCCUCGAGCUGGAGGAGCAGCGUAAACAGCGGCGUUGUGCAAAGCUCGAAAGGUUGGUUUGCGAUGCCAGCAUGGUGCCUACCUUCGAGCUAACUCUAGUCUUCAAACAAGAUGGAAGCAGCUGGUUGAACUUGCGGGACUUCCUGCGUAUUGGUACAUGCUUUUCACGUCGCACGCUGAAGCUUUGCCCCGGCUUCCGGCUUGUCAAGAAGAAGCUCUACUCGUCGGCGGCUGGUACCGUAGUCGAGGAGUGCUGAGCCACUGGCCUGGGGUUUAACGGUUUAAUGCACUUCAACACUUCAGGAUAUGAAUGUACAGGGCUGCCUUUUGAACGGCUCUUUUUUUCCCCCUGCACUUUUUUUUUACUAUAAUGUAAACUAGUUUAGUAGUUUCGCUGUAUGUUCUGUUUUGGGGAGGUGGAUCAACACAGUGAGCCAUUUGAUAUGUUGGUAGAGUUUAUUGUCUUGUAAUAGGAUGUUGUGCCCAUAUUUGUGCUUUCUGUAAUUCUUAUUUACAGUUAUUUCUUGGUGCACAAAUAUUUGUGCCAUUAAUGCGUGCUGAUUCUCACUAGAAUGCAACCGACACCUUGGAAUAUAUUAAAAAAGGGACUUGCACGGCUUCAUAUCAAAUGUGUGGGCGAGGGACAUGUUUCUAAAAGUAUUGUGCUUUCUGCAGAGUAUCUGCUUGUAAAAACAUGUUGCUGAAAGCAUUAAUGCUUAGUGUAAGUGUAAAAAUCUUUUCAAUGUCCUACAAUUGUUUAAAAGAUUUUUUUUUUUUACUUUUCUAGGAAGCUUGUCUGGUCAAGUGCCUGUUUAGUGCUUGACUGAAAGCUUUUCCCCCCAUGUUCUGUCUUUUCUAUCACCUUUGCAGUGCUGUUCUGAUAACUGGAUGUAUUUUUAAAAGGUUCCUAUUACAGGAAGUGGAAAUUCUUGUCUAUUUGACAAUAAACUAUUUUGAAUACA